AUGUCCGAUGGCUCGAGAAAUUUUGUGAAUCUUUCUUCUAGAGCGCAGUCAGCGCAGCUCAAAACACUCGACGGAAAAGUCUAUACGUCCGUGUCGACACAAUCGUUCAUGUCGAUUAAGGCGAACGGAGCGCAUAAGGCGCAACAGGCGGAGAUGGACACUGCAACAACCCCCAGAAAAAGAAAGCAUGAUCAUGAAGCCAAAGAUUCUUCCAAAAAGAAGAAGAACAAGAAACAGCGGAUAGAGGAGGAUGCCAACGAUACACCGCCACCGGCACAAGCAUCACCAAUCGAGACACCCAAGAAGAGCAAGAAGAAGAAGAAGAGAAGAGACAAAGCGGAUGCAAGUCCUGGGUUGCAAGAAGAAAUUGAACAAACCGACAAAGUGAACGGGGUUGAGGUGGAUCAAGAGGAAGCAGUUGAUGCAAUCGAAGAAGACAGCAACCUCGAGCAAGAUGUUUUGGAGAGUCCUCAGGUAGAGGAGAUUCUCGCAGAUCUACUCGAGUCGUCUGACCCCUCAUCAUUCUACUCUACGCGCCUGUCUCUCUAUGUCUCGAUACCUGCCAUCGCCCUCGAAUCGGCUAGCUCCUCAAUUCUCGCAGCCCACCUGGCACCCCUCCUUCUCACAUACUUUCCCCCUGCAAAAGGAAUUGUCCUUGGAUUUUCCGACCCUGUCCUUUCGGCCAAGCCAGAUAGUUCGGCCAACCUGCCACUACUAGCUCCAGAUUCUGCAGAGGUGCGCCCCGGGACCGAAGUUCUCGCACGAACAGCCGACGAGUUUGGCGUCUGUUGGACAUGGCUCACCGUCACAUUGUUGACAUUUCGACCAGAGAGGGGAGAUGAGUUAUAUGGAUGGACCAAUGUCACUUCGGAGGGAUUUAUUGGGCUGGUCAGUUACAACUAUUUUCAGUCGGCCAUCGGACAAAACCGAAUACCUCAGGAAUGGACGUGGAAUGGGCCUCAUAAAGGUCAGGGUGGAAAGGGGAGAAAAGGCAGAAAGGCUAGACUGCGGGAUGAAGAUGGAACGUCGAAAGAACAAGAUAUCGAUAUGUUGGACGAAGGUUCCCAACCUCAGGAUCCUGCUGGCCCGACGGAGUCGACAGAUGAAAUCGGAUUUUUCACAGACGAAACUGGGAACAAAGUGUCCAGCACGCUCACAUACCGAGUACUUGACACUGAAGUGGUCCCCGGACACGAUCGACACACCUGGUCACUCCAGAUUGACGGAACCUUGUUGAACAAGGAUGCUGAGCAAAAGGCGCUCGAAGAAGAUCGGCUCAGGUUUGAGAGAAUUCAACAGUCAGGUGCUCGACCCGAGAUAUCCGCAGUUGGCGCGUUCAUGACGGGAGCGAGAGGUCUGAGCCGUGAAGGCAGUGUGACGUCGAGGCUAUCUGCUCCUGCACAGACACCAUCCAGGAUCCGCAGUUGAAUUGGUGACCACCGAUGAUUCUGAGCAAGAUCCUAGAACCGUGGCCCAUCAUGUCUUCGUGGAUGAUAGCGUUGAUCAAUUAGGGAUUCAAGGCGUCACUGGCGUUGAAGCAAAUGGAAACAUUUUUGGCUGGCACAUGCAUUCUGAUUCCUUAGUCGCAUUUCAUUGGCUGGAUCAUGUUAACAAUCAGUGGACAUUCAUUGGUCGACAGCCGGACGGAAACAUCCGUGGGUGGUCCACCGACGGAACAAUGACGCAAAGCAUCCGGCGCGUCGUGGUCUCUCGACCGAGACUUUUGGAGAAGGUGCAACGAUUAAUUUGUCAGGGAACAAUUCAGGACCAGGUAAACGUGCAGGACAGUAAUGGGAUGGGUCCAUGACAUGUUCUUCCGACCGAAUAUGAAGUCAUGAGGAUAUCUAUCGAAGAUCAAUGGCAGUUGAGGAGCCAGAGCGACCAUAAGCAGCGAGCUUUGAGAGGCACCCCUCGCACCUGCCUCAUUUGCUCCACGUGUAUGAC